AACUUUUCCCUAGAUCCGCCAUUUCAGUCCUGGAGUUUUCUUGUUGCACAUUAGUUUGGGGCUUUCUUCAGACAUUUUAUCACACAAAACACUCGCCUAUAAGCCUUUAGUCGUGCCACGAUAAGGUAGAAACCCUCCGCGCGGCUACGUUGCUCGCGAAAACCUGCCUCAAGUCGUGAUUGCACCUUUUUUUUUUUUUUCUCCUCAAUGCCGGGGGAGCGUCCCUGACCCAAAGUUUUUUUGUAUGAGUUGCGGAUAAAAAAAGAGGGGGAAUAGGGCCUCGAGCCUCGGGGCGUUAAUUGUUCAGUCAUGGCUGGUAAUUUUGACGCCGAAGACCGUGCGAGUUGGUACUGGGGCAGGCUGAGCCGCCAGGAAGCCGUUUCUCUCUUACAGGGACAGAGGCACGGCGUUUUCUUGGUGAGGGACUCCAUAACCAGCCCCGGGGACUACGUGCUGUCUGUGUCCGAGAACUCCAAAGUGUCCCAUUAUAUCAUCAACAGCAUCAGUAAUAACCGACUAUCCGGCUCAGGUCUGGCUCCUCCGCGGUUUCGCAUCGGGGAUCAGGAGUUUGAGGCCCUGCCGGCCCUGCUGGAGUUCUACAAGAUCCAUUACCUGGACACCACCACCCUCAUCGAGCCCAUCACCAAAUCCAGGGGAUUCGUCAGCUCCUCGGCCAGCGUCCCACCGCAGCAGGCCGAGGAGGCCGAGUUCGUCCGGGCGCUCUUCGAUUUCCUCGGCAACGAUGAUGAGGAUCUCCCGUUCCGCAAGGGCGACAUUCUGCGUGUGCUAGAGAAGCCGGAGGAGCAGUGGUGGAACGCCGCCAACCAGGAGGGCCGCGCCGGGAUGAUCCCAGUCCCCUACGUGGAGAAGUACCGGCCAGCCUCGCCCACGGCGGCCAGCCCAGGAGGCCCCGUCGUGGGCACCGGACAAGGGGGGCAGGUCGGUGGUGCAGCGGCCAGCGCCGACGGGACGGGGCCUCCCCAGGCCCUGGGUGAUCCGGGCCAGUACGCCCAACCGGUGGUCGCCACCCAGCUCCCUAAUCUACAGAACGGGCCGGUGUAUGCCCGAGCCAUUCAGAAGAGGGUGCCCAACGCCUACGACAAGACGGCGCUGGCUCUAGAGGUGGGAGACAUGGUGAAAGUGACCAAGAUCAACGUGAACGGCCAGUGGGAGGGCGAGUGCAAGGGCAAGCGUGGCCACUUUCCCUUCACCCACGUGCGACUGCUGGAACAACACCAUCCGGACGACGAGAGCUGAGAAACGCUCGCUACCAGCGUCCCACCUCUUGCGCAUUUCUGUGUCCGGUGGUGGGGAACAAAGGAAAAAAAAUCUACAGAAGCACACACCUACAAAGCAAACCUACGAGCUAAACAGGUCGCAGGCCCUCGAGGCCAACAGGGACGAGCUUAGAUAGAACGCCUUCUUUUUUUGAUGGACGCCAGAGCUCGGCAGACUGACAACCGUGAAAAUAUUCCUUAUUGUGGUUGUCGUGAUUAACAGUCAAAUCCAAAACAAGACAAUAACACUUUAAUUUUUGUACAUGUUUUUCUUGAUAAGGUAUAUGAAUGAAAACUGUUUUAUGUUUAGGUUGCGCUGCCCGUGAUGAAUUUUUAACCCAAAUGGCAACUUGGUUGUGCCUGUUAUUAUUUGGUAUUAAACCCUCAUUACAUGUGCAAACCAAAAAGUGAAUGUUUACACAUCCAGCUAAGGAAUGGAUGAUCUAUUAUUGAUAAGUCGAAAAAGCAUGUCUUCAGGCGAUGCUAACUGUUUGGCUGCACGGUUUGAGGUCUGAAGAAGAACAGGCUACGCUACAUCCACGCUCACAAAUAAUUUUGGGUGGUAGCAUUUUGGCUAAAUAAAACACUGGCAUCGAAAGAGGAGGUUGGAACAUUCAUUGACAAUUAUACAAUUUUAAAUUUCAUUAGCCCUUCAAGGAAAUGUAGUCUAAUGCCCAUCCCUAGUCGGGCCAGAACCCCAAAAAGUUUUGUUGAGAGUCUUGGCUCCCUAGUGUUUGUUUAGUAUGCUAAGAUGAACAAUCUGGAACAUGUUAUAAAAUGUAUCUUCUUUGUGACACCAAAUAUGAUAAUUGCUGGCCAAACUUCAGUCUUCUGUUUGCAAGUUUUGUUGGUGUCCAUAUGGCCGCUAACUCGCUCGCAAAACGGAUCUUAGCAUCUAAUGACUGUAUGAUGAAGAAAUUAAGUCGAGUAGAUCCUUUGUCCGGGCCAAUGCCCAAACAAUUAUUGUUAACUUCUGGCUAUCUAGUGUUACCUGACUACACUAAAAUUAAAUAAAACAAUCUGGAACAAACAAUAUCUGCGACACAGAGUACAAAAUUCAUUAGCCAAACUUCAGUUGAAGAUGAGCGACUCAUGAACUGGACCUUAGCAUUUCAUGACUUUCCCUUGUAGUUUAAAUGUAGUUACAUGCUAACGCCUAGUCUGGCCAGACCCCAAACAAGUUAACUAUCAAAAUUACCUAGUGUUUCCUUGCUACGCUUAAGUGAAUGUGAACAAUCUGGAUAGAAUUGGUUGUUGAUGCCUCUGGAUGUAAACAUUUUGUUUUUAGUCAGACCAAAUAUGAAACUUAUCCAAAGGUGAGUCUUCUGUCAAUAAGUUGUAUUAACUUCCAUCUUGGCCUGUAUUUGAUCAUGGGAAUUUAGGCAAAUGUCCAUAUCUAGUCUGGCCAGAACCACAAAGUCGAGUUAACGAUCAAAGCUAUGUACCGUGAGCUAUUACACUCAAAUGAACAAGCAUUGGAAGGUGAUGCAUCCUGAUGUAAAAUUUAUUUUCUUUGUGACAUAAAAUACAAAACCAAACUUAGUCUUCCGUCGAUUACUUUUAUUAGGACCCAAAUGACUGCUAAUGAGGAGAUGCUACGAUCCUAACCUGAGCGCACGCUGUCCUUCUCUAUUUUUGAUCAAAAAAAUGCAGGCGAUUACCCAGCCAACUAUCCUGGCUACUUUGCGAUAGCUCGCUACACUAAAAUGAACAAAAAAUCUGGGUAGAAUUCCUCAGCCCUCGGUCGAUGAUUUAUAUUAUUCUCCGAAUGGCUUGUUAGCGACGAAGAGAUGCGUGAACCUGAAGUUAGCGUCUGAGGCUAGUUUACACUUGGUUUACUUCUGGCCUCGUAUUGUUCUGUAUCCCUCACAGCUGAUUUUAGAGAAGGGAAACUUUUAUUUUUUUUUUUUUAACUGCAAUCAAAUCUGCAAACAUUUGUACCAUGUUAAGACUGUGAGCUCAAACCACAUUUCCGGCCCAAAUUUGACAGGAUUACACUACAAAUGAGCGGCAAGCUAUUCUACAAUUAAAACCUAUACAUACUAAUUGCAGUUUUGCCAGUUUGUAUGUUGUUCCUGAAAAAAAACAAAACAAUUUUGCCCAGCUCUCUGUGUAAAAUCCACUCCAACCAGCAUGUCGCUACAUUUUUCCACCCUUUGUAGUGUCUGAGUUAUUUUUAAGUCUCUAACUUCUAAUGUCAAGUUAAACCAAAAAAGAAGUGGUACACAGUUUCUGUGUCGGUGGAACAAUGCAAUCUGUGCUUCCAGGCUGUGCUGUUAUGUGUAUUACAGCAAACUGGUUUGUUAGCAUGUCUGGCAUUGUUUAGAGGUUUAGACUAUUUGCAUAAGAACUGACUCAAUGAGUGAGCGGCCUGAAUGACUAGCCAGCCAGUAUUGCUUGAAGAGUUUACCAGCUUGUAUUUAAAUGAACGUUAAGCCAAAUUUAUCCCAUCAAACCAGUUUUCUUAGUUUUUAUUCAGUGAAUCAUGAAAAAUUAUUCUGAUGAGCAUGCGAACAUGCCAUAGGGCUGUAUUUGUAUUACUUCUGAAUACAUGCUUGUGGCUAGAAAACCCACAUUAUGCCAAGAUGGGGUGCUUGGUUCAAAGGAGUGUUGGAGCUGCAACAACAACAAAAAAGUCGUGAUUUUACGCGAAGACAAAUAUUUCUAAUUUGAACCGCUGCUUUGAUUGACAUUGACUGCAGGUUUUUCAACUUAGGAAAUACAAUUUAAAAAAUUUGUACAAAUAUGAGAUUUCUAACGAAUGUCAAAAAGGGUUCCUUUUAUGUGAAGCCAUAUUGCAAGCACAAAUACCUAAUAUCAGAAGAGUAAAUUUGUGAUUGUACUCGGAAAGUUAUGUAACACUGUAAAAAUGUUCAAUUUACAAUGGAACAAUGCAUUCAAAUAUUUGAAUUGUACAAGAAAACAGUUUACAUUUGAAUGUUCAUUUUCAUAUUUUAACUUUUGUUGUAAAAAUAGAAUGAAGUACUUUCUACAAAACUUAAAAAUUAAAUCUUUAAAUGCAUUUUGGCAUGAUCCCAAUGACAAAAUUAGGUAUGUAUCCCCCCGCCCCCCAGUGUGGGCCGAGUAGUUCUUUGUGGACUAAAUGUUGGUCUUUUGCCAAGUGAAUGCUUAAAAGUUCUGAUUCCUAAGCUCUUAUUGUUGCCUCGAGUGAAACAUCUUUAAUGGAAUUAUUACAUUGCAACUCAUGUGAAUGCUGAAGAAACCAUUUAUGAAUCUGUUAAACAUGCACCUUAAUCCCUUCAAUGCUUCCAAGUCUUUAAACACCCCCCCUCCAAAAAAAAAUUAUUUUUUCCUGCAGAGCGCUAAAUAUUUUGUGCCAUUCCAGACCACUGUUUUAAAGGACCACAAAUGAGGAAAAUGUAAGAUUUACCAUUUUAUUUUGUAUAUUGUCAAAGUGUUAUGAAAAUAUAUUUCAAGUUAUGUUUUAUUUUUCUGUAUGGUGUUAUGUGUUAAUAAUAUACCUAGUCAAUAAAAAUGUACC